AUGUCAAACGACAAUGCUGACUCAUCAUCAUCUGCAAAUUACUCUCCGAAACCUAUUGAACGAGAUGGAAAGUCUAAAAGCUUCGUAAAAGCAAUGGCAUCGGCCUUAGAGUCUCCUCGAGAUCAGGGAUCGACCACCCCGCUAUUAAUGGUAUGCUUUGAUGAAGGACGUCCUUCAUUUCCUUCAUUGGCCAGUGCCUUGCAGCCAAAAGCAUGUGCUAACGAAGAGCAGGAGAACGAACCUGUCAUAACGAAGCAGCAGCUUACAUCAUUCAUCUCUACAGAGUCAUCUGAACAAGGGAUACAAGAGGAGAAGGAACAGGUUGAAAGAAUUUCAAUAGCAAACGACAAUGACGCAACAACUGCAACAGCUUGUGAUCUCGUUCCUCCACCUCCUCCAAUGACUAGCAUCAUCAAAGUAACCGUUUCCGAAAAAAAGCAAACAACGAAAUGUUCAAUCGAUUCUGUUGAAACAGCACCAAUUAGAAUAGAAAAUUCUGAAACUGUAGCUACAACAACAUCUAAUCAAGCUGGCCCAAUGAAACUAACUUUGCAAAGUGAGGCUACGGUUGAUAAUGUUGAUCCUGAAAAAAUGAAAGAGAAACAAAAUAUUGCCUUAUUGAGAAGCAUUGUGAAGAAAAAUAAGGAUUGUUCGAGUAGCAGGAGUGGUGCUUCAAGUUCCAACACUUUCCAACAAGUGAAGGGUAGCCUUGAAGCAAUUAUUGUGAGCUCCUCUUUGGCUGAAGGGAAUGGUGACGAAAGCGAUGUGGAAGCCUUAGUGGAACAAGUUUUAAGCUCUCCUUCCUCCGUUGGGCUAGAAAAUACAAAUUUUCGAGAAACAAUAUCACAACCAGUAGACACUUUUAUGGAAGAUACUGUGCAGGAUUUACAACUGGUUGAAAGACAUGUUCACAACGUUAUUGAGACAACGCUCUCUGAUCUGUCAAACAGUACCUUGUCACACAAUAUUAACACGCUCAUGAAAGAUGAAAUUCCUGCAGCCCUCGAUCGCAUUCUUUCAGGUCUUAUGAAAGCCAAUGACUACAUGCGGGUGAGAUUUUCAGAAAUUCAGACUGUAAUUGAUGAUCUCCAGGCCAAAGCUAAAAUAAUUUCUAAUAGAACUCCUUUGGAACGACGCAUCCAAGCACAUGAAAAUAAUAAGAAAGUAUUUUGUGAAAUGACCACUGAGCUUGAUAUUAACGAUCUGAAGAAGAAGGACGUCAUUUCAUUAAGUGAGACCGAUUUUUCAUCAAGUGUCGUCAAAAAUAUUUAUUCAAGAGUAGCCAAGGUUGAUUUAUCAUUUCCAUCUUAUUAUCAAGUUUUAAAACAUGUUGGAAUUCCUUUAGAAUUUGAUGAAACCGAACUGAUUGUUGAUCACAGAAGCAGUGUGAGUAUUACCACUCAUCCAACAAACGGUUUCAGGAAUAGUUAUGCAAGGCCAACAACAGCUACUGACCUUAGUACUUCACAUUCAGCUUCUCAAUCUUCAUCAACGCAACAAGAUGCAUUGUCACUGAGUGAACGAAUUUCCUCGUAUUAA